CACCUCCCCUCCCAGCUGAAUUCUCUCACAGCCUGCUUGAACGGUGUGCUCCAGCUCUACAGACUGCUCACUGUUUCCAGCGUGUGCCUUCUGAGCCUCUAAAAGGAAUCAUUUCCAAGCUUCCCUGUGAAUUGUGGUUGUUAUUUUUUUACCGACACGGCCAGAGAACUGAGAGAUAUCAGGUAUUGAUGUAACUGGAGUGAAUAAGGGAACCUUCUUCCUGAGCACAGACAUUGGAGCCGGUUAUCAGCAUGAACUCAUAUGUGUUAGACAAACACAUGAAUAGUUCAUAUACAUCCUUCACUCCAAGAAACAUCAGAAUGAUACCGCAAACUCCAAUAGUUUUAGGCACUAAUGACUAUUCACAAACAUUGGGGAUAUCACAGCAGAUAUUUAAAGAAGAUGGUGAAUUGUCAGGAACUGGGAAGCAAUCAUUAUGUACAGAGAGUAAUUUAGUCAUCAAACAAGAGGACAACAUUUAUGACUUAUCUAGUGAAAUUAUUAUCCCCGAGGAAAAACCACACACAUUUACAGAGUUUUCAAAACAUAUUAAAGAAGGGAAAGGUCUACAGUCUAACCAAAUGAUUCAUGCAAAGGAAAAACCUUUCAAAUGUACAGAAUGUGAGAAAAGCUUUAGAUGGAAGUCUCAUCUACUAGAACACCACAAAAUACACACAGGUAAGAAACCACACACAUGUACUGAGUGCGACAAAUGUUUUACAAAAAUGGAUCGUCUGAAAACUCAUAAAAAGAUUCACACAGGAGAAAAGCCGUUCACAUGUACAGAGUGCGGAAAAAGUUUUACACAAAUGGUUCAUCUGAAAAAUCAUAAAAAGAUUCACACAGGAGAAAAGCCUUUCACAUGUACAGAGUGUGGAAAAUGUUUUACACGAAUGGAUUGUCUGAAAAGUCAUGAAAGGAUUCACACAGGAGAAAAGCUGUUUACAUGUACAGAGUGUGGAAAACGUUUUACACAAAAGAGUAAUCUGAAAACUCAUGAAAAGAUUCACACAGGAGAAAAAACGUUCACAUGUACAGAGUGCGGAAAAGGUUUUACACAGAUGGGUCAUCUGAAAACUCAUAAAAAGAUUCACACAGGAGAAAAGCCUUUCACAUGUACAGAGUGUGGAAAAUGUUUUACACAAAAGGGUGAUCUGAAAAGUCAUGAAAGGAUUCAUACAGGACAAAAGCCAUUCACAUGUACAGAGUGUGGAAAAAGUUUUACAGAAAAGAGUAGUCUGAAAAGUCAUGAAAUGAUUCACACAGGAGAAAAGCCUUUCACAUGUACAGAGUGUGGAAAAUGUUUUGCACGAAUGGAUUGUCUGAAAAGUCAUGAAAGGAUUCACACAGGGGAAAAUCUGUUCACAUGUACAGAGUGUGGAAAACGUUUUAAAGAAAAGAAUAAUCUGAAAAGUCAUGAAAGGAUUCACACAGGAGAAAAGCCGUUCACAUGUACAGAGUGUGGAAAACGUUUUACAGAAAAGAGUAAUCUAAAAACUCAUGAAAGGAUUCACACAGGAGAAAAGCCGUUCACAUGUACAGAGUGUGGAAAACGUUUUACAGAAAAGAGUAAUCUGAAAACUCAUGAAAGGAUUCACACAGGGGAAAAGCCUUUCACAUGUACGGAGUGCGGAAAAUGUUUUACACAUAUGCAUCGUCUGAAAAUUCAUGAAAGGAUUCACACAGGGGAAAAACUGUUCACAUGUACAGAGUGUGGAAAAUGUUUUAAAGAAAAGAAUAAACUGAAAACUCAUGAGAGGAUUCACACAGGGGAAAAGCUGUUCACAUGUACAGAGUGUGGAAAACGUUUUACAAAAAAGAGUAAUCUGAAAACUCAUAAAAAGAUUCACACAGGAGAAAAACCGUUCACAUGUACAGAGUGCGGAAAAAGUUUUACACAAAUGGGUCAUCUGAAAACUCAUAAAAAGAUUCACACAGGAGAAAAGCCUUUCACAUGUACAGAGUGUGGAAAAAGUUUUACACGAAUGUAUUGUCUGAAAAGUCAUGAAAGGAUUCACACAGGGGAAAAACUGUUCACAUGUACAGAGUGUGGAAAACGUUUUAUAGAAAAGAAUAAUCUGAAAAGUCAUGAAAGGAUUCACACAGGGGAAAAGCUGUUCACAUGUACAGAGUGUGGAAAACGUUUUACACAAAAGAGUAAUCUGAAAACUCAUAAAAAGAUUCACACAGGAGAAAAAACGUUCACAUGUACAGAGUGCGGAAAAAGUUUUACACAAAUGGGUCAUCUGAAAACUCAUAAAAAGAUUCACACAGGAGAAAAGCCUUUCACAUGUACAGAGUGUGGAAAAAGUUUUACACAAAAGAGUAGUCUGAAAAGUCAUGAAAGGAUUCACACAGGGCAAAAGCCAUUCACAUGUACAGAGUGUGGAAAAAGUUUUACAGAAAAGAGUAGUCUGAAAAGUCAUGAAAGGAUUCACACAGGAGAAAAGCCUUUCACAUGUACAGAGUGUGGAAAAUGUUUUACACAAAUGGAUUGUCUGAAAAGUCAUGAAAGGAUUCACACAGGAGAAAAGCCUUUCACAUGUACAGAGUGUGGAAAAUGUUUUACACGAAUGGAUUGUCUGAAAAGUCAUGAAAGGAUUCACACAGGGGAAAAACUGUUUACAUGUACAGAGUGUGGAAAACGUUUUAAAGAAAAGAAUAAUCUGAAAACUCAUGAAAGGAUUCACACGGGAGAAAAGCCGUUCACAUGUACAGAGUGUGGAAAAUGUUUUACAGAAAAGAGUAAUCUGAAAACUCAUGAAAGGAUUCACAAGGGAAGAAACCUUUCACAUGUUUAGAAAGUGGAAAUACCUUUUUUAUUGAAGUCAGGUAUCCCAAAACACCAAAUAUUUACACACAAAUAAACUUUCUAUACACAGUGUACAAACCUUUUUACGAUUAUCCUAAAGAGGGCAAACUCUAUAAAUAGAAGCAAGAAAAAAGAUCCUAUUGUAAAUAAUACUUUCUAAAUCCCAGUUAUAAAAGCCCAAGAUUGGAAGUGCUCUCCUGCUGACCUUUGUUCCUCUAUAUAUGUGCACCUCAGUUUCUCUCAUAUCAAUGUGAUAGAAUGCAAACCCCACACAGGAAUAUACAGAUCUGUCCUCAUACUGACCCAUUUGCACAACCAUUCACCACCAAAGCACCCCCAGUGUUGUGUAUGAAUAUGCCAGUGUUAGGAGUUGUAUGUUUGUUUUACAUAGUGGAGGAAAUAAUUACAUUUACAGAAUAAAGGAGUCUUUAUAUGAA